AUGAACGGGAAAGUUACCCUACCCACCGGAAGCAACACCCUAGACGAUAUCGAAGCGUACAGCGACAGUCACAUCCUCCGACGGGUAAUCACGAUGGGUGACGAGAACACGAACAUGAACCAGAAGAAGAGAAAGACGAAGUGGACUACUUCGUAUUCCAAUAUGUCUAUAGAAAACUCUGAGCGAAGACUUGGCCUCAGAAUAUUUGAACUCUUGGGGAGGGCGAGGCCCGUUGAGCAGAUAAUAUGCCUGAGAGAAGGAGUCAAGUACGACGUACCGGGCACCAAGGAAAAGGUGUACGGCAGAAUAGUCGAGUAUCCCGAGGUGGAACCAUAUCCUACGAUGUCGUCUGACUUAAAGAGGCCAAUAUCAACGAUUUGGUUUUCGCAAUCCUAG